AUGGCGAACAAGUUUGGUUUAGAUUCUUUACCUUUAGAUACUAAAAAACCUAACACUACAGCAUGGAUAAAUAAAGCAAAACCUUAUUUUGUGGAUCAAAUUGGAGAUAGUGUUUUGAGUCCAUCCAAGUACAUUGUAUCUGUCAAAAACAAGAAAUUGAAGCACAUCCAUCACUAUCCAUUACUAUUACUUGAUGAACCUGAAUUGGUUUUAAAAGGGUUAAUAAAACACAAGACGAUCUAUUAUGGUCUGGAAGCUGUUCUCUUUUUGCUUUUUGUUCUUUUUGGUGGGAGUAUAGAAGGCCGAGGAAACAUUGUUCCUUUCGUCAAUCUCCUCAGCACUUCUAUUUUCAUCUCCCUGGGUUUACUUGGAGGCAAGGAUGCUUGCUUUGAUGAAGCUUUACCAGGAGGCAAGGAUGCUUGUUUUGAUGAAGGUUUACUAGGAAGCAAGGAUGCUUGUUUUGAUGAAGGUUUACCAGGAAGCAAAGAUGCUUGCUUUGAUGAAGCUUUACUAGGAGGCAAGGAUGCUUGUUUUGAUGAAGGUUUAUUAGGAGGCAAGGGUGCUUGA